GUGACUCCGACGCUCCCCACCCAUGCUCGUGAUACCAAUAGAGCCCCGCCCACUUUCCCUCAGCGACAGCGCCUCACAUAGUAGUAGGCCUCAUAUCGCUCAUUCUUUCCUCCUCACCCUCGGUUCUUUCCAGCCAUGAUUGGCUACCUCAGACCCACGUGAUCCCAACAAGCUCCCGCGGCCUCACGUGACAUUAAUCACGUGCCCCGCCGGCCGGCCUCCUCUUUAUCCUCAGCGCCUGCGCGCGCUCCUGUGUGUCUGUUCCCAUCCUGUUUCCGCUUCCGGUAGCGACCGUUGAGGGGGGCAUUUUCCCGCCUCUUUUUCAUUUCCGUGGGACCGUUGAGGGAAACGGUUCUCUGUCGGCGAGAUGGAGAAGAAGGAGGCCGAGACAACGACAACCACGACCGACGACGAUAAUGACGACGGAGGAGGAGGAGAGCGGCCGAGUGAGGACGCCGUGAGCGAGGAAGGGGAAAGGGGCGGCGAGGAGCCGGUGGUGUCGCUGGCCGAGGUGCUGGCCGAGAGCGAGGAGCUGGAGAAGGAGGCCAGGGCCGUGCUGGGAGGGAGCGACCACGAGCGCUGCAGUUACGCGCAGGGUGCUGUGAAGAGACAAGCCCUUUAUGCCUGCAGUACAUGUACACCACCAGGCGAAGAACCAGCAGGGAUCUGUUUAGCAUGCAGUUAUGAAUGCCAUGGUACCCACAAAUUAUUUGAGCUGUAUACAAAAAGAAACUUCUGUUGUGAUUGUGGAAAUAGCAAAUUCAAAAAUUUGCAAUGUAAACUACUUCCAGAAAAGGCAACAGUGAAUCCAACAAAUAAAUAUAAUGACAACUUCUAUGGGUUGUACUGUGUUUGUAAAAGACCAUAUCCAGAUCCUGAUGAUGAGAUUCCAGAUGAAAAUCAGUGCAUAGUUUGUGAAGAUUGGUUUCAUGGACGGCAUCUUGGUGAAGUCCCUCCAGAUAGUGGGGAUUUUCAUGAGAUGAGUCAGGCUUGCAUGGAUCGCUGUCCUUUCCGGUGGGCAUAUGCCCCAAAAUUGGCAGUUCCCACUAUGAGCAAAUUUACUCCAGCACCUGAAGAUGGAGUAUUUUGAACGUUGAAGAAACUGAAGAAGUAAAAAAAAGAAAAUGGUGCAGAUUCCCAGAUGAAGACCGAGGAAGAACUAGUACAAAACAAUGAACCAUCCACAAGCUCUGGCUCUGAAUGUUCUAAGAACGCCUCCACCUGCACACUGCAAGAACUUCAAGCCAGGCUACUAAAGAAGAAUACAGCCACCUUCUGGCCACACAACUGGCGGAGCAUUUUGUACUGUAAAGAAUGCAUGCAAAUGUAUUCAGAUCUGGAAGUCCAAUUCUUAACAGAUGAAUGUGAUACAGUUUUGGCAUACGAAAAUAAAGGAACAAGUGACCAGGAAGCAGAUAGAAGAGAUCCACUAAUGGACACGCUUAGCAGCAUGAACAGAGUCCAGCAAGUAGAGCUCAUAUGUGAAUACAAUGAUCUGAAAACAGAAUUGACAGACUAUUUGCGAAGAUUUGCUGAUGAAGGAACAGUUGUUAAGAGAGAGGACAUUCAACAGUUCUUCGAAGAGUUUCAGUCUCGGAAGAGGAGGAGGACAGACCGGAUGCAGUAUUACUGCAGUUAGACCAAUUGGGAAAUUUUAUGGACAAGAUUUUUUUAAAGCUAUUUCUGCUAGCUUUUUGUUUUUCUUUCCAGGUUUAACCCAGCUUCUGUUCUAUGAGACUGUCUUAUUGUGUUGCUGUCUAAAUAUGAUCCGGUUUCAUACCAGCUGGUCUGAAAAGCAAACAAGGUCAUUGAUUCUCAGAAGUGUUUUAUUGUGUUGAAGGACAGUGGGGUGGGAUGGUUAGGUGUUAAGGGUAUCUUUUUAGAAAGGGUUCUAGAGGCCUCCUAAGCUGGUAUAGUUACAAAAAAAUCCUUCAUAUGGUUAAAACCCAGAUUAAUGUGUUUAACAGAUCCUUGUUUAUCGUUUUCAGAAAGAUUUCAGUCUGGAGUGCAAUAGUUCGUUCCUGUUCAGCUUAAAUUUAUACUCUUACUAAUUUCUGGUACAAAAAUUCUGGGCUAUUGCUGUUGGCUAAAAUCACAGUGCUUACAGGAUCACAAUGCAAUUUUGCUGAAUUACAGCUUCUUGCUAAAAUUAUGUUGUACUUACCCCUUUGAGACAAUAGUGACUAUUCCUAACAGAAGUUCCUGGAUAGAAAAGCUCCAUUGUACAGAAGGAUUUUCUAAGAAGUACUUUUACUUCCAAUAUGUCUUGAUUUCUUGCCUGCAUAGAAUGUAAAUAAAUUGCUUUCUACUGGGUAGUAUUACUAGUUUAUAUAUUUUUUUUAGCCUGUAAAGGAUUUCUGGAAGCUUAUAUAAUGGUUUUAGUUCAUAAAUGUUUAAGAGAGGAUAGCCAUCAAGCUGCUUACCAAACUGUAAAGUUCAAAGUUGUGAUAAUAAAGACUAGACCGAUAACACUAUUGAGGAAACUGAAAUCAGCUCCCAAAGCAGAGUUUUCUUAUUGUUUAACUUUUAUCAACUGCUCAGGCAAAUGUUUCUUCAGUCUGUGUAUGACUCCUAGUACUCAAAUGUUGUCUUCUGACACUGUUUGGCUUUUACACGUCAAUAAAGCAGUUGGUUAUCA